AUGGCGGUCAAGUUGGACCAUGCGCAUGUUGCGCGUAAGGCUGAAGAAGCCGAGGUAUCUACAUGUGUCUCUGGCAUUAUAGAAGCCUUCACAAAUGGAUUGGACAUCUUCAAAAAGUUGCGCGAGAGGAGAAGAAAGCGCAGAUCAAAGAGAGAUACCGAAGUACCUGAUUCAACAAGUACUGCGGAGCACCAACUUUCAAAAAGCUUACGCAGAGGGCCGGAGGAGGUGGCCGGGAAGUAUACUGAAUGCUACUACAGCGGCAUCGGGCCGCGGUUCGCAAAGGGCGACUCUAUUGCCCAUGCAUCCCUCGCAGAGAUCUUGAUCAAAUUAAACACCGGUCUAGUUGCUAUUAUCGCAGCUUUUUUAAAUCAUGAUGGACACAAAAGCGGAAAGGGCCACCUAGAUCUAGACUACAAGUCAUUGACCCACCUCUCCGAUGCAUCACGUCGCGAAGCACUACAAAGCCUUGCCCAAUUGUAUCAGCGACUAAGCCAAUCUCAACUUCAGCUGCAUAGCAUUGGCGCUCCACCAUGCCCGCGAUGCGGCACAAGUAAACACCACGACUGUUCUUCUCGAAGCACCAGUCCUGAGAAGGAGAAGAGAAAGCACUCGAGCUCUUCUCGCCAACGCUCUUCAGGCCCAGUAGUAACACGCAUGUCCAUCAAAAGUCGGAGCUCGAAUGAACCACGGCUCGUCGUUAUGCGACCAAAGACCACCCGUAAAGACAGCUCAUCGAGUAAGAAAUCUAGCUCAGUGAAGUCGCCAUCCAAUUCAUCACGCAGCUCUUCUCCAUUGGCAUCUCCCGAGCCAAAGAAGAUUCAGAUGGCACCACAACUACCCCUUUAUGUACCUGUCGAGCCAUUCGAGAUUGAGACUUCUGGUGUUAUCAGAGGUACACUAGGUUGCGGUCCAACAAAGACAAGUGGUGCUGUCAAGCAGCGCGUUGAUUCCUUCGACGACCCGCGCGAACCAUGGCCCCAAGAAGCUGCCUACACCACUAGCAAAUCACCCUCCCCAAAGCACCUCAAUGAGCCUACCCCCAAGCUCCCUACCUUUGCCCCUACAUCCCGCCGCUCCUCGUCCCCUGCUCACUCCAAACCCUCAGUCUCUUCCAAGCCGCCAGUUCCAAACAAACCUUCCUACCUAUCCCCUCCGCCAUUACUCGAUCAGGCCCCAGCGACCCUUCACUUCCGUCGUCGCUUGGACAAAGCCACACCAUCUAGCUACACUUUUGCUUCCGACAGCACGAGAUUGGGAGAGAUACCACAGAGACAGUGGACCAAGCCAUUUGAUUACGAGGAAGCUGAACGACUCAACGCGGAGGCUGCCCUGACUGGCUACCCAAAUGCACCGAUGGCAGACUCCAAGGACGCCAAAAAGAAGAAGCGCUUUGGCUUCAUGCGACGAGGUGAUUAA